AUGUUCCAUAAAUCUCACAGUAGAGGUCAUACUUGGGAUUAUUUUGGAACACCUGGUCUGAGUACGGAACUGUUGAACAAUUCCAAAGCUGGUGGAAGCCUAAAGAACAUCUUUAGGCUUGGAUUCAUGAAUGAAAUGGUGAACAAAAAGGAAGAUAGCACUUCCUCUACCACUAAUGAAAUUAACCCGAACAGUCAUAUGUCCCCUAAUGUAAACAUUAAUACGCACACUCAUGUUAACACUAUCGCUAUUACCGACACUAACAUCCACAUGCACACUAACCCCGACAGCAACACACGUCCUCACAUUAACGUUAACACUAUCGCUAACAGCCACAUGCAUACUAACCUGGACAGCAACACACAUCCUCAUGUUAACCCUAUCGCCGCUAAUGACACUAACAGCCACAUGCACACUAACCUGGACAGUAACACACAUCCUCAUGUUAACCCUACCGCUACUAAUGACACUAACAGCCACAUACACACUAACCCUAACAUACAUCCAAUUAAUAAUAUUAGUCAUGUUACUGACACUGAAUGUGACACUAACUUGACGUUAACUAGCACUAAUGUCACCGAAAAUUCGUCCAACAAGACUAAAAUCGGUACUAACACUAACAUUACUACCAAAAAGAAGAAUGUCAUAAUCAUAACAGCAGGCGUAAAAGCUUUGUGCAUGAGGAACAUUUUCAGUAUAUAAAGCGUGUCAGCUACUUGUUCUCGCUUUCGUUAGUAGGGAUGCAACUACCUUAAGAUAUAAGAAGAAUUUCAACGUUUUGGGCGAAGGCCCUUCAAACGAAGGGUCAUAUUAUUGGCACUACCUACACUGGCAUAGACAGUUCAAGAUUACUAUUUGUUCUUCCUACUCAAAGAGCCUGUUCAUAUGAACACAACUAACCGAGAAACUUACCUGAGUGCAUACUCUUACUUAGUUAAUGCAUAAAAUAAGUACAUUUUGUUAAUUUGUAUGAGAAACGAGCCAGGGUGACCAGGUGAAUUCUCACAUUGCACUAGGUGGGAUUUCAUUCAAUUCAGACACAAUUUUCGAUAUGAAUAAAGGAAUACUGAUGCACUAGGAAUGUUGCGAGACUUUCGGAAAGCGUAAAAAUGCUCGAGCCGCAGACGAGUGUAUUUUUACACUUUCCAAAAGUCGAUCAACAUCCCAAGUGCAUGGAUCCUGCUAUCCUUUGUGGGUAAUUGUUUUAUAAAAUAACUACAGUGAAACAAUGAUAUUUUGAGAAUCCCGUGAAAACCCCGCAAAGGCAUUUUACUGAAUUGGAUAAGUGCAGGAUAGCCUAGCCUGCUCGCAGACAUUAUUCUUACGCCAAGCGACGAAAAGUUUUACGUCGCUUGGCGUAAGAAUAACAAUGUCUAAGGAUAGUCUGGUCCUCCACGGCUAUUGACCAAUCAAAUUACAUACUUCACUGUAGUUAUUAUAUAAAGCGUUAUCUCACCUGACCGAUGUGGACACUUCUGUCGAAUUUGACAUGAAUUUACCUUGAGCAACAAUGAAGUUCGCCCCUAGUAACGUCAACUUUUAUCCAAUAAACAUCAAGUUUAAAACAAUGAGCAAAUGUUUUGCUUAUGCACGUCUCAAGGUCAUUUGCAAUAUAAGCUGUAAUGUAAACUGCACCUUGUAUUGCAACUUUAAUUAUGCUCUUACAUGUAAGUAUCAUAUAUGUCGGUGUCACAGGAGAUUCGCCCCCCCCCCGGGGCGAAUCUCCUAGGAAUAUCGCCCCCCAGGGGGGCGAAUCUCCUAGGAAUAUCGCCCCCUUUAGGAAUUUCGCCCCCCCCCCAUAUAAAUUUUGAAUUUUUGAUCUAAAAACAAAACGAUUGCAAGUUGAAAAGAUUUAUUGUGUGAUUUAUUUAUUUAUUACAAGGAGACAAAAUUAUAUACACAUUUUAGGCUUCUUAGCAACUGGUGGUGUGCACAGUCUGCAUAACCACUCAUUUGAGGUACUUAGACAAGUGUACUUAGUCUACCCUUCGCUUCUGAGAUUUACAAACUAUAUUGAAAUAAUGCAAGUAAAAAAUAGUGACAAACCAUACAUUUUCCGAUAACGACAAAACGUGGAUGCAAAAAAUACCAAUAAUUACAAUAACCACCACGGUGAUUACUUUUUAACAAUGAGUUUAAGGAUUAACACUGAAAAUGCAAAAUAUGCAUGGUGUGCUGUGAAGCGUCAUAAGUCCUAUUGAUCUACUGUAACUGUAAGCCCUUUCGAUACAUGUAAUUGUAAAUUUGUAUUCUUACAUGCAGGGCUUGAAAUAACGUUCCCAAAGUUUCCGAUCAUGGUGAUCGGCAGUCGUGACUUUCCCUGAUUUUUUCAGGUUGGAAACCGAAACCCUGCUUUUCCGCCGAUCAUAAGCAAUUCCUUGCCGAUCAUUGAUCGGUGAUCGGUUGUUAUUUCAAACUCUGUCUUAACAAUUUUGAAUUGAUACUGAUUUCAAAUGAUUAAAGCCAUGUAAUAAUUAUCCCAUGCAACUGUUAGGAAGGGCGAAAUUUUGAACGGAGGACGAAAAUCCUAAAGAAAAGGUGAAGUUUCUAAAGGGGGGCGAAUUUCCUAAAGGGGGGCAAAAUUCCUAGGAUUUCUGGGGGGCGAUAUUCCUAGGAAAUUCGCCCCUCGGGGGGGCGAAAAUGUAGGGGGGGCGAAAAUCCUGGGACACCGGUUUUCAUAUCGAAAAUUGUGUCCCACUUGACUGAAAUCCUACCUAGUCAAUUGCAAUUGGCUGCAUUUAAGUACUACAAAAAAUCUUUCAUCUCAUGCAGGUUGUUUCUAUUUUCAGGAACAAAGGUUGGCCUUGUUGACGCUAAUAAAUGCAUCCAAGCUUGGGGUGUUGUGCACAAUUGUACAACCAUUCAUGGCAAGCCAUUACAACAAGGGCAUGUUAUUACUGAAGUAACAAACGUUUUGCCAACGUGUCAGCUAAAGCCGCCAUGUCCUGGUGUUUUUGAUGAUCAAGAGAAAAUCCGAAAAGGAGAGUUUCAUUCUUGGCCACUGACUUCUGUUGCUUUGCCUCUUGUUAAUAAAUCCCGUUAA